CGAGCGAUCAGUUUGAGCCGAGAUCGCGACGCGUUCGCUUCGAUUUUGUCCAAUUUUUGCAAUCUCCGCGAUUGCAAAACAAAGUUGUACUCCAAUGAAAAUAAAAAAAAAUCUGAGAUAAAUAACGCGCAGCAAAAGCAACUAUUUUUAGCGGAUUACCAGCAGCCAAGUGAAGUGUAAUGAAAUGUGUACAGCGGCCAAAAACUAACAACCUGUCGCACUGGCUGGCAAAAAGCGUUAACAAUAAAUAAGCGAAACAAUACCAACAGCACGGCCAGUUCAACUGUAUAACAAUGAGGAGAGAAGGCACCUCGAGGAAUUGCUAGACGGGUCCAUUAGCAGUCAGUCAGCCGCAGAGAAGAGCCAGCAAAAGAUACGGAUACAGGCGGAGCAAAAGAUACAGGAUGCACGAGAGACAAGUGAAGAAGUUGAAGGGCAGCCAUUAUGUGGCCACGCACGGUCGCCUCACUCCGGAUCCGCCCUACGUCCACUCGAACCGUGGCUACUCCACCGACGGCGAUGAGACCCACUCCCACCGGGCGCCCUCAGAGCGCACCUACUCGGAGUACACGCUGACCCACGAGCGCAUCUCGCCGCAGUACAAUGGUUCGCGCAAGAAGCGCUCCUCAUCCUCGAAUGGACACCACCAGCACCUGCAGAGCAGCUAUAGCCACAGUCAGAUGGGCCUCUCCAGUUCGCCGGACAACGGAGGACCUCGCUCCCUCAGCGGACCGCCGCCCACGCGCCAACCACCGCGUGCUCCGUCCGCCCUGAGCUACGACCAGGCUGGUGACGCCGGCAGCGACAUCUAUGUAACCAGUGCCGCCUACAAGGCGCCCUCCGAGAUCAGUCGCUACAGUCAGCGUCCAGUGUCGCGAGGAGCUCCACGGAGUGUUUACUCGGUGGCCAGUACGGCCAAGACCGGACGCAGUGCGCGCUCGACGACUCGGCGAGGCGCCAAGGUGGAGACGAUGUCCGCACCAAAUCCAUUUUGCCCCAAUGUGAAGGGCGUGUGCUGCCUGAUGCUGUUGCUCAACUUGGGCCUGAUCCUGGUGACGCUGGGAUUCGUCAUUGUGGUGCAGUUCUAUGAGCCACUGUACGUGUGGAUACUGGGAAUCGUGUUCCUGGUCUUCGGCUUCCUCACGCUGAUCGGCUGCAUGAUCUACUGUGUGUACGUGUUCCGGGAUGCGAAGACGCCGUCGCAGGUGCGCAACGAGGAUCUCUACUGGACGCGGCACUGGCAGAAGAACAUCGGAUACACGCCGCAGGAGAUCAACUACAAGGCGGACAAGUAUGAUGCCUACUCGGAUCGCUAUUCGGUUAGCAAGCUGAGUGGCAAAUACUCGGAUCGCGAGAGCCAGCGAUACUGAUUGUUAUGCAUAUGUAUGUAUGUACAUACAUAUGCGGUUUGAUGAAAGGGGAUCCUUUGGGCGGAGAAGAAAUAUGAAUAGCCACAUAUAAACCACUUAUAUCUUAACUAAUUGUAAGACUAUCUACUAGUUCUAAACGGUUAUUAACAAGGCCCCUCAACGUACCUGCUGCAAGUUGCUUGCUGGUUUGUAUGUUUUAAGAGUGAAACUGACGGGAGACGCGAACGCGAGGAUGCAACAGAGUAUUGUAAUCUGCCAUAUUUAAGAAGGUUUAUUAGGUUUGAUUUGGCUAAUCAACAGGAGAGUUUUAUGCUAAAAUUGUAACUGCACUUGUAACACACGAGAAAUAAACAAGCAAAUAAUACAUACUAGAGACAA